AUGGCGUCCGACCUCACAAAGCCCGUCCUGGACGCCCUGUCCGUGUCCGAUGCGCCCAUCUUUUCCAACGAAGCCUUCCCCUCCCACCCCUCAUCGAAUGUCAAAAGUGCGCUGGACCGCCUGGGGUCGCGACAGAUGAUUGAAUAUGAGACUCUGGAGAAGGAAGUCAUUGUGCUCACCUCCGAGGGUGAAGAGAUUGCCGCCAAUGGCAGUCACGAGGCCAAGGUCUUUGCCGCUGUCGUCGCCGCUCUCGACGGCCUGAAGAUUAGCGACUUGCCGGGCCUGGUGGGGAAGGACAAUGCCAAGGUUGGCCAGGGCAAUGCCUUCAAGCGCGGUUGGAUUAAGAAGGACAAUGAUAAGCUGCGUGCUGUCAAGGAGACUAUCGUCGACGAGACCCGUGAGCAACUGCUCGCCGUGCAAAAGACCAAGACCGUAAGCGAUGCGAAGGCCCUCGCCGACCUCAAGCGGAGGAAAUUGGUCUCCGCCUCCAAGGACAUCGCCUACAAGAUCUCCAAGGGUCCCAAGUAUGCCCGAGAGUUCGUCAAGGAGGAGACCGACCUCACCCCCGAGAUGCUCGCCGACGGCUCCUGGAAGACUGCCCAGCUGAAGCCCUACAACUUCAACGCCAAGGGUGCCAUCACUCCUGCCGGUACGCUGCACCCGCUGAACAAGGUGCGCGCGGAGUUCCGCAACAUCUUCUUCGAGAUGGGUUUCGAGGAGAUGCCGACCAACCGCUACGUCGAGACCGGCUUCUGGAACUUCGACGCCCUCUUCGUGCCCCAGCAACACCCUGCUCGUGACCUUCAAGAUACCUUCUAUAUCGCCGACCCUCUCAAGGCCGACCCCCCUCGCGAGGAUCCCCUCAACGACCCGCACCGCCCCAAGGCCGCCCAGCCUGCCUCGCAAGCAACCAAGGACACGCCCGCCGUGGACUACCAGCAGUACUGGGAUAACGUGCACGAGGUCCACGAGCACGGCAAGUUCGGCUCUAUCGGCUACCGCUACCCCUGGAACGCCGAUGAGUCUCUCCGUCUCGUGCUCCGCACCCACACCACCUCCAUCUCGGCGUACGUGCUGCACAAGCUCGCCGCCAACCCGCGGCCGGCCCGCUUCUUCAGUAUCGAUCGUGUCUUCCGAAACGAGGCCGUCGAUGCCACUCACUUGGCAGAGUUCCACCAGAUUGAGGGUGUCAUUGCCGACUUUGGCCUCACUCUGGGUGGUCUGAUUGGCUUCAUGGAGGUCUUCUUCGCCAAGAUGGGCAUUCACCAGCUCCGCUUCAAGCCUGCUUACAACCCUUACACCGAGCCUAGUAUGGAGAUCUUCGGUUACCACGAGGGUCUGGGUAAGUGGGUGGAGAUUGGUAACAGUGGUAUGUUCCGGCCUGAGAUGCUGGAGUCCAUGGGUAUCCCCAAGGAUAUGAGAGUUUACGGUUGGGGAUUGAGUCUGGAGCGUCCUACCAUGAUUAAGUACGGUGUCAGCAACAUUCGUGAGCUGCUUGGCCACAAGGUCGAUCUGAACUUCAUCGAGACCAACCCGGCUGUGCGUCUGGAGAAGGAGUAA